AGAGAUCGACCUGAGAGUUUAAACAAACCAGAGGGCGCCGGCAGCGCAGAGCUCACACACACUCUGCUCACACACACUCUGCUCACACACACUCAGCUCACACACACUCUGCUCACACACACUCUGCUCACACACACACUCAUACAGCUGUUGGUGCAGCCGGAGGGCGGCGGCGAGGUUUGAGGGUCACGCCGUGUCUUUAACGUCGCUCUGAUGCUCGAGCCGGGAUUUCACUGCAGACAGAGUGAGACAUCUGUACCCUGAAGAUCUAACUGACAGCUGGAGCUGUAGGGGUAAAACAGACCCCGACCUUUGACCUCCCGGCCCCCUUUCGGUGGACGUCUGGCCCGUGUGUUCUGCAGAAGGCCACCGGUGGCUGAACUUGCCCCCCCCCCCCCCCCGAUGGAAGCCCCGCCCCUGGCUGAGAUGGGAGACCCGUGUCCCCCGCGCUCUUGCUCCCCGCCGGGCGAGACGGUGUGCGCGGCGUUGGCCCGCUACGAGAACACCUUCCGGGACGCCAUCAGGGAGAUCCGCGUGGACGUCGGCGCCUUCAAGCUGGGCGUGGAGCGCCGGCUGGAGGAGACGGCGGCGGGCCUGAGCGGGCCCCUCGGUCGGGCCGUGGCUCAGCUGCAGCAGGAGAACCGGCAGCUCCGGGGUCAGCUGGAGGCUCUCGCCCUGCAGGUGGAGCUCCUGAGUGGGCUGGCGUGUGACAGGAGUGCCUUGCUCAUUAACAACAACAACAACAACAACAGCAGCCACCACGUCGGUCAGAACCACAAGAACCACCUCAGUGACAUCCAGGAGAUACGAGAGGUGAUCUACGGUAAAGGUGAGGCUCACGCCCGCAGCCUGGGGGCCCAGACCUGCAGCGGCCUCGGGGGCCAGUCCGGCCCCGCGCCCUCCUCGUCCUGCGGCAGUCCGCCCGCGGGCUCCAGGGUCUCCUCCGUGGCGACGGGCCCGGUGUCGAGCGGCAGCCCCUCCGCCGCUCGCUUCUCCAGCCGAGCCACGUUCGCCGUGUCCAGCAAGACUAACAGUAUUGAGCGGGAGGAGCCAAUCGAGGUGGACCCCGCCCCCCCGCACGCCGGCCUGGAGAACGGACACGCCGCCGCUACAGCAGAACAUUCGGAGUCGGUCCAGGGGAAGACGUCUCCGCCGCCCAACGACUUCCCCCACGAGCACACGGCCCCCGUCGCCAUGAGGAUGCCCCACCUCCCCAUCACCGCGACGACCAAGACGGCGGAAGUGAAGGGCCCCGACUCUCCUGGCAGCCCCGCCGGCUCUCGUUCCUCGCCGGUCUCAGAGGCCUCGGCUGCCGGCCAAUCGGCUGCCAGCACCAACCAGACCCAACCGAUAGAGGAGUGUCCAGUCCAACCGGGUGAUGCAAUAAUCUCUUCCACGUGGGCUGCGACGCCCAUCCGAGCUCUGGGAUCCCCUCGGCCUCAAGAGAAAGCCGCGGCGGCCAGGUCCGUGACGUACUCGGGGCUUUCGCCGCACGACAGAGACGGUGAGGUGGGCGGCGACCAAUCCUUCGGGCGGGUCGUGGAGAGGAGGCGGGAGCUGGUGAGGUCUCAGACUCUGCCGAGGAACAUCGGCGCUCAGGCUCGCCGAUCCAUCUUCGAGAGGCUGGACCCCGAAGCUGGCAACAGUCGACCCAAGCCGGUGGAGUCCAAACCCACGCUGAAGCGCUCCCAGAGCUUCGGGGUGUCCAGCGCCAGCAGCAUCAAACAGAUCCUUCUGGAGUGGUGCCGCUCCAAGACCGUCGGCUACCAGAACACGGCGCUGCAGAACUUCUCGUCCAGCUGGAGCGACGGGCUGGCGUUCUGCGCCCUGGUGCACUCCUUCUUCCCCACGGCGUUCGACUACAGCUCGCUGUCGCCCGCCGACCGCCAGCACAACUUCGAGCUCGCCUUCGGGACCGCAGAAGCGAAGGCCGGCUGCGACCGGCUCAUCGAGGUGGAGGACAUGAUGGUCAUGGGUCGGAAGCCGGACCCCAUGUGCGUCUUCACCUACGUGCAGUCGCUCUACAACCACCUGCGCAAGUUCGAGUGAAGCCUCUCCGCCUCUCCUCCACUUCCGGUUGAGUCACACUGUGGGCGGAGCUCCGGCAGAAGGCGCUUUGUCACAGACCGGCACCGCCCCCUGGCGGCGGAGCGGUGAACGUGCCGUCCACACGCUGCAGGAGGAGGAGCGCCCGCGAGGCUCAGUGCGCAUGUGCAGACGCACAGGACUUUGACUCGCGGUGUGUCUCCUGAUGCAAUGAAGACACGCGCACACACACACGCGCACACACACACGUCCGGGUCGGUUCUUUGUGUGUAGUUGAGAUAUUAGUCUUUAUUAUCUUUAUAAAAGUGUGUUUUAACUUUUUAAUAUUUGCACCAACAGGAAGUGAAGCGUCGUGUUAGAGAUGAAGCCGAGCACACAGUGAAUAUAAUAACAUGACGUCACGUGUUGUGAUUGAUGCUGUGACCUUUGGGUUUGGAGAUGUUGAGAUAUAUGGAAAAUUAAAUCAAUAAAUUGUACAGUUUGACAUCUAAA